AUGAUAAGUGUAAUUCUCAUUUCCCUGGUUUUGUUUCUUCUGGGUGCGCAGUUCCUGAAAUUGCAAUGGAAAAGUCGUGGAUUUCCUCCUGGACCAACCCCAUUUCCCAUCAUUGGAAGCAUCUGGCGGAUAAAUUUUAGAGCUGAUCAUAGGAGCCUGAAAAAGCUGGCAGAGAUCUAUGGCAACAUCUGUACCCUGUGGCUGGGUCACAAACCCAUGGUGGUGCUCUAUGGAUUCCAAGCCGUGAAGGACGGUCUCACCACCAACUCAGAGGAUGUUUCCGGGCGACUACAGACCCAUGUCUUCAACAGAAUGGCAAAUGGAAAGGGUAUCCUGGUCUCAAAUGGUCUCAUCUGGAAACAUCAGAGACAUUUCGGAAUUGGAGCUCUCCGAAAACUGGGAAUGGGCAAUAAAGGAAUGGAGCGUGGGAUACAAACCGAGGCCCGUUAUCUGGUCGAGUUCUUCAGGGACAAAGAUGGAAGAGCUGUCGACCCUUCCUUCCCCAUUGUUCACGCUGUCUCUAACGUGAUCUGUGCUGUGGUUUUUGGACAUCGUUUCUCCCUAGAGGAUGAAACCUUCCGCCAGCUGAUUGAAGCAUACAAUUGUAUAGUGGCUUUUGGGAACAGCUACCUCUACUAUAUGUCUGAAGUUUUCCCAUGGGCUGCAGAGCGCCUCCCAGGGCCUGCACAGAAAGCAUUAUUUUCCUGCAAUUUUGUUCGUUCUUUCAUAAGGCAGGAAAUCAAAAGCCACAGGGAAAGAGGCACAACAGAUGAACCACAAGAUUUCAUUGACUUCUACCUGGAUCAGAUAGAGAAAACUAAAAAUAUCCCCAAUUCUACAUUUGAUGAGGACAACAUGGUGCAGUCUGUUUUUGACCUUUUCCUGGGCGGCUCAGAGACCACUGCCACCACUCUGCGCUGGGCUCUGCUCUAUAUGGUGGCUUAUCCUGACAUCCAAGAAAAAGUCCAGAGAGAGCUAGAUGCCAUUCUGAGUCCCUCCCAUCUAAUCUGCUAUGAGGAUCGGAAAAAACUGCCUUAUACAAAUGCUGUGAUUCAUGAGAUCAUGCGCUUUGGCAGCAUUAUUUUAAUCACAAUUCCUAGAGAAGCAGUGAAGGAUACAACUGUUUUGGGGUAUCAGCUUCCAAAGGGCACUAUGAUUAUGGCAAACAUAGACUCAGCUCUUUUUGACCCCAAAUACUGGGAGACCCCCCACCAGUUCAACCCUGGUCAUUUCUUGGACAAGGAUGGAAAUUUUGUGACCCGAGAGGCCUUCUUGGCCUUCUCAGCAGGCCACCGUAUGUGUCUGGGAGAGGUGCUGGCAAAGAUGGAGCUUUUCAUCAUCUUCUGCAGCCUGUUGCAGACAUUCAAGUUCACUCCACCAGAAGGAGUUAAGGAAGUCAACACAGACAUUAUCUUUGGGAGCACAAUGAAACCCCAUCCAUACAAGCUCUGUGCAGUUCUUCGCUAG